AACGUCAAAAAAUACUCCGCGCAUCCAGUGUUUUGAUCCGCGAGCUUCGUAUGUUUACCUUUUCGCACGGUUCCGUCGCCGUUCCGCGUUCAGUUUUCGCGACUUUCUGCUUUUCCGCCGCGGAGGUAAAUCUAGAGCAUGCCCAACUGGUACUACGAGAAGAAGGACCUCCGGAGCACGCCCUCGAUCCGGGAUGGAAUCGACUUCGAGACGGAGCGCCGCUACCGGAAGGAAGGCGCUCGCUUCAUCAUGCAAACCGGCACCUCGAUGGGCUUGGGCCACAAUACGGUGGCCACUGGAGUUGUGUACUUUCACCGGUUCUACAUGUUCCACUCGUUCAAGACCUUCCCCCGGUAUGUGACCGCUUGCUGUUGUCUGUUUUUGGCCGGGAAGGUCGAGGAGACCCCGAAAAAGUGCAAAGACAUCAUCAAAACGGCCCGGUCGAUGCUGUCGGAUCAGAAGUUUGCCUCCUUCGGGGAUGAUCCCAAGGAGGAAGUUAUGACUCUGGAACGGAUCCUCCUGCAAACGAUUAAAUUUGAUCUGCAGGUUGAGCAUCCCUAUUCGUUCUUGGUCAAGUACGCCAAGUGUCUCAAAGGGGACAGUGCCAAGCUCCAGAAGAUGGUCCAAAUGGCGUGGAACUUUGUGAACGAUUCCCUGAGCACCACGGUGUCCCUCCAGUGGGAACCGGAAAUCAUCGCCGUGGCCCUCAUCUAUCUGGCCAGCAAGCUGAGCAAAUUCACCGUGGCCGACUGGGCCGGAAAGCAGCCGGAACACCUAAAGUGGUGGGACAUGUUCGUCCAGGACGUGACCAUGGAAAUCCUCGAGGACAUUUGUCACCAGGUGUUGGAUCUGUACCAGCAGCCGAAUGCGCCGGAAUCGCCACCGGAUAGUCCGCCACAGCUGCCGCCCAGUAAGUCGUCUCCGCCGAUGAAACGGGCCAAUAUAUCGCCGCCGCUGACGGGGAAAACCUGUUCGCCCACCAUGAGCAAUCCGCCGCCGAAGACCACGGCACCGCCCCCACCAGUCGAAAUAGAAGCAAAUCCCAUUCCCAAACACAUUACCACGGACAAUUCAUCCCACGGUGGAAACUACGGAGCGUAUCCCAUCUAUCCCAUUCAUCAGGGGCCACCUCCUUCGCAACCGCCGCCGUACAAUUCCGGAGUUCCUCCACCAUCUGGUCCAAUUCCUCCGCCUCAACCCUGGCAGCAUUAUCCUCAUCCGCACUCGAAUAGUGGUUACUACCCGCCGCCUGGAUCCGCUGGAGGUGGAGGACGGAACAAUUACUAUCCGCCCCAGUGAGAAAGGCGAUUUGCGCGCUCUUCAGAAGAAGGACAUUUAUUUGUAGUUUGUCACAAUCUAUUUAGUAAGUAUGGAACAUUAUACAAUGAGUUAUCUGAAA